CGGUCGUGGGACGACAACGUCUGGUUUCACGAUGAGCGGGUUUUAACUGUCGCGAAUCUCUCUCCAAUUUCCAUAUUCUCGUGGGAUUAUUCACGAUAAAUUAAUUGGGCUAACGAGCAAUGUGACGGAAUUGAUCACAUCCUCGCUUGCUGCGAAACAGAGCGUAAAAUUCGUCCGUUAUAAGACAUAAUAGAUCUGUGUCAAAGUGGCGAUAAACGGUGCUAAGUGCAAAGUUGUUUAAACAACAAAAAUGGAUUGGGAAGCUGUUACUAUGGCGAGUCUACAACUCACUGAAACCGAGCAUAGAUAUUACGGUGAUAUAUUCAUCUAUUGUUGCGAAAAUUCUGACACCGACAGUGUGCCGAUGGUCAAGGUCGCUGAAUUACUCCGAUCUGCUAAUCUGCCUCGAGACAUCACGUUACAGAUCCUGGAUAUCUGCGGAGGAACAAAAUACAUCAACCUCAGUCGCAAGCAGUUUUACGCCGCCCUGAAGUUAGUUGCAGCUCAUCAGGCAGGAUUAGAAGUCCACCUAGAUUCAGUGACCGCCCUCCUCGACGAAAUCGCCCUCCCGAGAUUCACAUGGUCCUCGGCUGAAGAAGACGGACCCAGAAACACCGACGCCUUCCGCAAAAUGAAAAUCAGAUCCGGCAGCCGCGUGACAGAAAGCACCACCGAAAGCGAAAGUGAAGCUGAAUCACCUCGGGAAACUGGAGGCAGUACUGACUCUCCAACACCAACAAAUAGCGUCACCCAGGAAAGGAACGACGGAAUUCUAGGCAGCGAAGCAAUUAUCGACUCUGUGACCAGCGGUUGGCAAGGUCUCCUCGUCUCUGACGAACAACGGCAACUACUAGGAACAGAAGAGGAAAGUUCUGAGCGUCACAGUAGUGACGAUGGCGAUGGAGAAGGCGAUGGAUUCCCCCCGGAGGAAGUGUGGAUAAUCAACGACGAACAGAGAGAAUAUUACGCAGCUCAAUUUGCACUUUUGCAGCCCGAUCCUGAAGGACUGCUGGCUGGACCUGUGGCACGGACCUUCUUCGAGAAGUCACGACUUCCGGUUGCAGAACUGCGGCGCAUUUGGCAGCUCGCUGAUGUGACGCGAGAUGGCGCACUCAGCCUCCAAGAAUUCUACGUGGCUAUGCAUUUAGUCGUUCUUCGAAGAAACCACGUUCCACUGCCGGACGUUUUGCCCACGUCCUUGUCAAUUCCUGCAGUCUUGCAGAAGACGAAUAAUGCUCCUGCAGUUCCAACGGCGAGUGCGACGAGUCCACCGAACUCGGCGAGUAGCAGGGAGAAGAGCAAAGAGUGGACGAAGUUUGUGGACUCACCGACUGGAACUGGAUCGUUGACGAGUCCAGGUCCUAAACCCGUGAAUUUUGAUUUUCAAAAGGCAGCUGUGGAGAGAGAUCCGAAGAUUCUGCAUCCGGUACCACUGAGACUGACGCCUGAAGCGGCGAUUUUAGCAUCUAGUGCUAAUGGCGGUAACGGGGCUGUCUCUAAUUUGGGAGAUGAGGAAUUGCAGAUUUCCUCGGCAACUUUGGUACAAAGACCUCUCGCGAAGAAGCCUCCGCCACCCCCCGAAGAGAGUGUUAUUGUCACAUCUAAGAAAGAACCACCUCCUCCUCCUCCUCCUAGACCUUACAGGACACAUGCUAGGAGUUCUAGUCUUGAUCUUAAUAAAUUAGGAAAAAAUGGUCAAAGUUUUCUGGGUGCCCCACCCCUUGUACCACCAAGAAUAUCCCCUGGAAUCACUUCUCCUCGAAAGUUGGUGAAUCAAAGAAGCGAAGGCGAGACGCAGAGGACAGGAAGCGAGUCUCAAGGAUUCGUAGCAGAUUUUUCCCAGUUCUCCACAAAACUGGAAGUUACCGAGACUCAAAGCAUUGACAGCGCUCCAUCAUCUCAACAAUUCGCCGGGGUUUGUGGUGCGUUUCAUAUCUACAGAAAGCCUAGUCCAAGUUUGGUCGUUUCAGAGCGCGAGGGCGGUCAAGAAGAGGCUGGAAAGGACGAGACGGAAGAUAGCAACAAUUUAACUUUGCAGGAAUUGCGAGAGAAGAAUGCCGAAUUGAGGCAAGUUUGCGAAGAGUUAACAAAAGAAUUAGCUGGUGCUCUUCAAGAACGAAUCAAUUUGCGUGCGAAGCUAUUAUUAUUAACAUGAUCCUUUCGUCAAUCAUCCCUUCAAUUUUAAGUUAUCCUUCACAAUUUAUUUAUCCCGCGUGAGACAAACAUUUUUUUCUUUUUAAUUUGACCACAGCCUGAGUAUUUAAUUCGCGAGCUAGUCUAAGACUUUCCAGAAGUCAUUUAAGCAUUCUAAUUGGAUGUACACUUUAGCUGUACAUUUUAUUGGUUGCAUUUCGAGUAAAUUAGUACUUUUUCCAGAAUAGUCUUGGAAAUUGGGAAAAUUAAGUUUCGUUGUUGUAUUAAUGUACUUGCAACUAUUAAAAGUGGGAUGUUUUUAUUUAUUUUUAGAGCCAAAAUUAUUUUUUUUUUUUUAAUUCUGCAAGAAUGAAACUUUAUUUUUUUAACUAAUUCUAAAAUUAAUUUUCCGUUUUUAAUUUAAGUUUUAUUCGAUGAUGCUAUCAGCACCCAAUUCUCGACAUUUGUACAUUUCCGCACGUCAAUCGAUGUUGUUUUUUUUUUAUUUAAGUUUUACAGUUGUUAUUGAGUAGUAUAGGAAAACUUAAAGCUUUACAAAGCAAGUUGUUAAGACCGACAGGACUCUAUCAGUGGUGAGGUGUGUUUUUAUAUUUCGCUAUACAAUCAAACUUUUACCUAUAGCCUGGAUUUUAUCAAGCAUGAGUUGACACAGUUAUUUUAUAGUUUUCUUUUCAUCUUGUGUUUGUAUAUAAAUUUUCCAAGAAAGAUGUCGAAGCGGAAGAGAACAAUAUCAAAGGCAAUAUUCAGGCCUCACAGUUGGGAAAUGACGGGGAAAUUUUGUUGACCGGUAGAAAACAGUGAAAAUGAAUUCAAUUUCACCUUUUUUUUAAUAUGUUCAGUUUAAUUGUCCAAUUUUUCAAUUAUAAUAUCAUUUAGUUUAAAAUACGCAAUUCGACAAUCUUUU